AUGGCUGCCCCAGAGAUCCAUCUCUCGCCGCCAGACCAGGACGACGACAAGAAGGGCCUCGACGGGGACCCGGACCCGGACCCGGACCCGGACCCGGACGAAGAAAACAAACAACCGUAUACCAAAGACUCAUCGUCAGCAUUACUAAGGCUCAAGGAAGACAACAACAACAACAACAACAACAAAAACAACAAUACUACUCAAAUUUCGCUGGAAAUCAAUUCACCCAUCACCUAUCACUACCUGACAUUUGGGACCACGCUUCCCUCCCCAUCAACGACCUUCUCGCCGGAUGAUACACCACCACCACCGCAGCCAGACCUCAUCAGAUUCACCUCCCCCUUCGAAUGGCCCGAAUCCCGCAAGAACUUCAUGCUCGGGCUCUCCUGCAUCGCGACAGCGGUAACAGCCUACAUAGCUGGCUCCUACUCAGCAGCUUCCUCCGACAUGGCGGCCGAAUGGCACGUCAGCGAAGUCGCCAUCGUCGUCGGCAUCACGACCUUCUGCCUUGGCUUUGCGGUCGCGCCCAUGGUUCUCGCACCCUUCUCGGAAAUCAACGGACGCUACCCCGUGUUUGUUGGAGCCGGAACCCUGUUGUUCAUCAGCCAGAUUUGCUGUUCGGUCACGCAUAGCUAUGCCGGCAUGCUCGUAGCGAGAUUCUGGACGGGCGCCGGGGGGUCCGUAUUCUCGACGAUGGUAGGGGGUGUGGUGAGUGAUCUGUACCAUGCAGAGGGGAGAAACACGCCGAUGGCCUUGUUCUCCGGGGCCGCGCUAUUCGGGACGGGAAUGGGGCCUCUGGUGUCGGGCUUUUUGGCCGAGAACACGUCGUGGAGAUGGGUGUUUUGGCUCCAGGUGAUCACCUGCGGCAUUCUCAUCACAGCCGUGACCCUGUUCUUCAGCGAGACCCGCGGCGGCAUCAUCCUAAGCCGCAAAGCCCGCUGUCUUAACAAGUGGUACGAAGCGCGAGAGGCAGCCGGAUACAUCGGCUUCGACAUGCCUCUCGGCGGCUCCCAGGAGUUCGAAAGCCAGCGCAUCAGGUGGAGGGUCAAGUCCGACGAGGAGCGCGAGUCUAUCACCAAGAUGAUCGGGAUCUCAGUCUACCGACCAUUCCACCUCUUGUUAACCGAGCCAGUGGUCUUCUUCUUCUCGCUCUGGGUGGCGUUCGCCUGGGCUGUCCUGUAUCUGACCUUCGGCUCCAUACCCCUCGUAUUCCGCACCUCCCACGGCUUCACGGUCCAGCAAUGCGGCGCCGUCUUCUCUGCCACCUGCGUCGGUGCCAUCCUCUCCACCAUCCUCUCCAUCUACCAAGACCGCCUGCUCGCGCGCUACCUGAGCUCCACCUCGGCGAGGGGUGUCCACAAGCCCAGCCGCCUCUGGCGCAGCCUCGACCUCCACUCCCCAGAAGGCCGCCUGUACUUCGCCUGCGUCGAGAGCGCGCUCCUCCCCGUGGGCCUCUUCUGGUUCGGCUGGACCCAGUUCCCCUCCAUCCCGUGGGUCGUGCCCGCCAUGGCCGUCGCCUGCGCCACCAUGGGCAUCUACUCCAUCUACCUCGCCACCUUCAACUACCUGGCCGACUCGUACCACCGGUACGCCAGCUCGGCGCUCGCCGCGCAGUCCUUCUGCCGGAAUAUCCUCGGCGGCGUGUUCCCGCUCGUGACGGUGCAGAUGUUCACCGGCCUGACGUUUCAGGGGGCCGCGAGCCUGCUGGGCGCGCUGGCGACCUUGUUGACCGCCGUGCCGUGGGUGCUGGUCUUCUACGGGCCGAGGAUCCGGGCGCGGAGCAGGUUUGCGGGCGAGAAUAUGUGA